AUGGAUUCAUUUAUUCCAGUUACCUGUAUGAUGAUUUUGCAGGUUAAUUUGGCAAGGGAAACCCUGAAAGGGCUGUUGGCUCAUUGGUUAACCAAAAGAAAACUGAGGUUUGGAUCCCAAGCUGCAGGCAAUGGAGGAGUUCCAUCUGGGAAGGAUGUCUCUUCUAGGAGUUGUACCCUUUCAAGAGUCGACGUUGAUGGUAAUGCUGAAAAUGAUUCUGUGGUGUAUCCUCCAUUUGAAUUUGCAGCGGCUUCCUCUCCUUCUAUUGUUACUGAAGGCUCUCAAGGUGGUCCAUGGAGAAAGAAAAUUACUGAACUAGAUGGAACUGAAGAUGAGAAGGACUUUCCCUGGUGGGUUUUGGACUGUGUGCUGAAUAACCGUCUCCCUACCAGGGAACAUACCAAAUGCAGCUUUUAUUUACAUCCCUGUGAAGGUUCAGCUGUCCAGAUCCUUACUCAAGGAAAGUUGAGUGCGCCUCGAAUAUUGAGAAUACAUAAAGUUGUUAACUAUGUUGUUGAAAAGAUGGUUCUCGACAAGCCAUUGGAUAGUACGAAUUCUGAUGGAACUUUUGCUUCUGGACUGCCUGGAGGCCAGUUACAGCUUUUAGCUGUCGGAGGAGAUGAUUCUUUCCGCUCUGAUUUGCAGCCUUGGCAAAAGCUUAAGCCUUCUAUAGAGAUCUUGUGCAAUAAUCAGGUCUUAUCACCUGACAUGAGCUUAGCCACUGUCCGCACUUACAUAUGGAAGAAAUCUGAGGACCUUGUCCUCAACUAUCAAAUGGUGAAGGAAAGGUGA